GCCCCUCCCCCUCUGCAGAAUGUCUGGGGUCCUGUGUUCCAAACCUGUUUAUAUGCAAAUUUUCCCUGCUCCACUUGGACUCAGGAGGAUCUGCUGAGUCAGGUCACUCUCUGGGUCCUGCCCUUGACUUUUUUCAUUGCGGAAGCUGCCAGACAGUGGUGGUCAGUGCCCAGCCUGAGGGGAUGGCUUCAAAUGGAGCAUACCCAGUGCUGGGACCCGGCAUGACCGUGAACCCUGGCACCUCCCUGUCUGUAUUCACGGCUCUGCCCUUUGCCACACCCGCUCCCGGCCCAGCACACAGACCGCCCCUCGUGACUGCAGUGGUUCCUCCAGCCGGCCCUCUGGUGCUCUCUGCCUUCCCCAGCACCCCUCUAGUGGCAGGACAGGAUGGCCGCGGCCCGAGUGGGGCCGGGGCUUCCAACGUCUUUGUCCAGAUGAGGACAGAAGUGGGGCCUGUGAAGCCCCCUCAGGCACAGACCUUGAUCCUAACUCAGGCCCCCCUCGUCUGGCAGGCUCCAGGCACCCUCUGUGGAGGUGUCAUGUGUCCACCUCCCCUAUUCCUGGCAGCUGCUCCUGGGGUGCCCGUUACCUCUGCCCAGGUGGUUGGGGGCACCCAGGCCUGUGAGGGAGGCUGGUCCCAUGGCCUUCCUCUUCCACCACCACCACCGGCUGCCCAGGUGGCCCCCAUCGUGUCCCCAGGGAACGCUGGGCCAUGGCCACAAGGGGCUCAUGGAGAGGGCAGCCUGGCUCCCUCCCAGGCCAAGGCCCCGCCAGCCGACUCCUGUAAACCCAAGAGUGUCUAUGAGAACUUCCGACUCUGGCAGCACUACAAGCCCCUGGCCCGGAGGCACCUUCCCCAGAGUCCUGACACUGAAGCGCUUUCCUGCUUCCUCAUCCCAGUUCUCCGAUCCCUGGCCCGGCGGAAGCCCACCAUGACGCUGGAGGAGGGACUGUGGCAGGCCAUGCGGGAAUGGCAGCACACGAGCAACUUUGACCGGAUGAUCUUCUACCAGAUGGCGGAAAAGUUCCUGGAGUUUGAGGCUGAGGAGGAGAUGCAGAUUCAGAAAUCGCAGUGGAUGAAGGGGCCCCAGAGCCUGCCUCCUCCAGCCCCGCCGAGGCUUGAACCUCAAGGACCCCCUGCCCCUGAGGUGGUCAAGCAGCCAGUGUACCUUCCCAGCAAGGAUGGCCCCAAGGCCCCGACUGUCUGCCUGCCACCACCCAGGCCCCAGAGGCCAGCGGAGACCAAGGCCCACCUGCCACCACCCAGGCCCCAGAGGCCAGCAGAGACCAAGGUCCCUGAGGAGAUCCCCCCUGAAGUGGUGCAGGAGUAUGUGGACAUCAUGGAGGAGCUGCUGGGGUCUCACCUUGGGAACACAGGGGAGCCUGAGGGACAAUGGGAAAAGGGCAAAGUGGAGCAGCCGCAGGAAGAGGACGGGAUGACCUCAGACCCGGGCCUCCUGAGCUACAUUGACAAGCUGUGUUCCCAGGAAGACUUUGUCACCAAGGUGGAGGCCGUCAUUCACCCCCGGUUCCUGGAAGAAUUGCUUUCCCCAGAUCCACAGAUGGAUUUCUUGGCCCUAAGCCAGGAGCUGGAGCAGGAGGAAGGACUCACCCUUGCCCAGGGGGCCCCUUCAGAUGCUCCGGGGGCUGACAGAUGCUGAGGAAGCCCUGAUCCCUCCCACCACCCACUCACAAGGCCCCGCCUGCUUUAGGGAGGCUUCUCGGGGCCUCCCAUCAUUAUCAGUAUCCCUGGAAAAUCCUGGGAUGGAGAGAGCUGGCUGGCUUUUGUUCUGCUCGGUGGGAGCUGAGGAGAAGGCAGCUGCCUGCAACAUGGACAUGGGGAGAGGCGGCCGCUCCUGCUUAACCCUCAUCAGGAAGAGCAUGGGCACUGGGCUGAGGGGAGACGUUGAGGUGACCGUCCACAUGGGUGUGUUUGGGAUAUGACGAGGGGCGCAGAGCAGGGGAAGUCCCUCUGCCUGUUUCUGGGCAGGAGAGAGUCUUGUCCAACUGGCUGAAGCAGAUGCUCCUUGCUGUGGCCACAUGGAAUGGCCUCAGGGGCCCUCAGGGUCUUGCAUGGAGCCCCCCCCCCACAGCUAUGAUUCCCUUCCCAUAUGAUGACUGAACUCGUGUGGAAUUGAUGUAGCACAGAUUUACAUUGGCAUCUAAAACAGUUCCCUCCCAACACACCAUCACCAACGGGAACAAGCAUGACCAGCCUGCCAGGCGCAAGGUGGGUGUGUCUGCUGGUCCCAGGGCCAGGGGAAGCUGGGGCCCAGGCCGAGAGGGGCCGAGGGUCAGUCGCCCUUCUGCCAGGCACAGACCCCAAGGGCAGAGCAGGGGCUGCCUGGGAUGUGGCACUGGCUGUCUGGGAAGUGCCCUGAGAGUCGGGGGCCAGGUGUUCACUGAAGGGAGACUUCUGGAGUCUAUGAGUGAGAUGAGGACUGCAUCAGGAGAGGGACUGAGGCUGGGGAGGAUACUCUGCUUUUUCCCAGGUUGUCCUGUCCUCCCCAUCUCUGCUGAACUCCCCUCACCCCAUGUGGCCGACCUCUGCCCCCCUUACCCCUAACCCACCUCUCAGAAUCUCAGAUCCCAGCAUGGACAGGACCCAGCACCUGCCCUGGUUCCCUCCUGGCCAACACCUUCUUCUCCACAGUCUGAGUUCUGAUUCCUCCCCAGGGCCCUUGUUGGCUCAGGACCGCUGUGACUGCCAGAGCACUGGUCCCAGCACUGCCUGCAUGCAGAGCUGUGGUCAUGGUGCUGGGAGUUGGCCCAGCAGCAGAAGCUGAUGGGGCAAAGCUCUCUGGUAUAUGGCGGCCUGGUCCCUCUGCCAAGUGACAAAGGGAGCCAUGUUUGGGUUCUCUCUGGCCCCAUCUGCCCACAGAACACAGUAGUCAGCCAGACAGAUGCCUCUCUGCCCCAUCCCUUCUGCUCCAUGUGGGCAGUGUCGGAGGCCUGCCACCCGCUUUCGCCUUUGGGAAGGAGAGUUUAUCUUGGCAGGGCUUCCCCAGCUGAGGGCACAACAGGCCCUUGGGGAAAAUGUGGGGAGUGAAGAGUCACUGGUGGGUGAUGUGGGCAGCUCCCGUGACUCCUCUACAUUCAGGGCCAUCCUCAGGAGACAAGGUAACACCUCCCCUUUGCAGGGUUUAGGAAUGUUAAGUGAGCCGUGUUUGAAGGGAAUGUGGUCUGUACUCUGGCAUGUGUGGGUGCUCAGCCAACUUCCUCACCUAAGGGUGAAAGUGAUACCUUGGUUUAGUGACACCUCGGGGCUUCUGCUGGUUUACCCCACUAGCUGUUUUCUGCCCCACUGUCCCUGUCCUUGUUUUGGCUGAGCCAUUUCCAAGAGGCAGAACCUAUGCUUCCUUCACCUCUGUGUCCCGCCUGAGCCCUACAAUCUGCCCCUAAAUGGGCACAGUGGGGCUGACUGGGGGGCUCUGAUGGACUUAACAUGUGUCCCCCCCCUCCCCCCCCCAGUUCCUGUGUUGAAGCCCUAACUCCUAACGUGAUGGUAUUUGGAGAUGGGGCCUUUGGGAGUUAUUCAGGGUUAGAAGAGAACAUGAGGGUGGGGCCCUAAUGAUAGGAUUAGGGCCAUGGUAAGAAGCAGAGAUCCCAGCGCUCUCUCUCUCUCCCUGACAUGAGGACACAGUGAGAAGGCAGCCGUCUGCAAGCCAGGAAGAGAGCCCUCACCAGAACCUCACCUUGCUGUGACCCUAACGUCGGACUUCCAGCCUCCAGACUGACAAAUACAUUUUGUUUCUUAAUACGCACCGCCUCCCCCACCCACCAAGUCUAGGACACUUUGUCCUAGCAGCCCUAUGUGACUAGGACAAGGUCCAUCAUCUCAGGAACUUCCUUCCUGACUGGUAUCUGGAAACUGUAUCAGAGCCAUGGGAAAGAAUGAAGAAAGGCUCGGCUCUUUACGACUGUCAGCACACCUCCACCCCAAGUGCAGUGUAUCACACGUGAACCAGGACUGCUGUGGGACACAGUGCAAGGGAAUCUGUAAACACCCAUGACAUCGUCAUAUCCACACUUGGGGAAGCCAAGCAGCUUGCUCACAGCAGGUGCUGGGGGUAUGCUGAGGCUCUCGGUGGGUUUGGCCUCCCUGCUCACGCAGCCAGGUCACUCUCUGGGAGCCAGUGCAGUUGGGGCGGCCCCGGGCAGGUUUGCCUCCAGAAACCACUCCCUUCACCACUGGACGACAGAUCCCUGAAGAAGCCAUGGCCUCCUGAGAAACUCCAUCUGACAAUGUGAGCAAGGCCGGCCCCCGUUAGUAAACAUGCAGUGCUUUCUGACAGCUACCAGGAUGGACUUGCUCCAGGUGGCUGCCCUUUUGUAGCUGCACUUUGAUUCUAACUUCAGCAUCCCAUGAUGUCCUUCAGAUCUUGGUGCCCUGGGAAAUGUUAGUGAGAGUCACCUGGUUUGGGGGAUCUGGGCCAGGCUGCCCCCUCCUGGCCAAUCGGCUGAUACCCAGCCAGGGCUGCCAGAGUCAUUGUCACUGAGUCCCUGACCAUUACUGGGUGCAGACUCUCAACAGUGGCCCCCACCCUGGCACAUCCCCUGUGAGGGAGCUGAUACACUGGGUUUUACUGAAUUCUGAGUUAUGAUGUCAUUGAGCAUGCUUUGUCUGCACACUUGUGCCCUUUGAGCUCAUUUUAGGCAAAUGUAUCCGGACUAAGGUUGUAUUUACCGAUGGUUCAUUUUCCGUCCUCAUCUCAGUCCUCGGAAGGAUGAAUUCCAUCUCUCAUGCCAUGGUCCUUCCUCAGAAUUUCCUUUGUCUUAGUUCAUUCCAAAGAUCAUGUUGUAGGGACGUUUAUCACGUAUACGGUAUUUGCAUAAACUGUAUGAGCGAUUAAAAGAUAUUCUCUGACAUUAAACACAAACAACACAGAAAUCUCACGGGUGACGAUAGGAUCACAAGAUUCCUAAUCAAUGCAAGUGGAUGGUUAGUCAAGGUAAAUCCCUUCAUCCCCUUCCCUUCAUUAGAAUAGACAGAAACUGACUGUAUACAGGCUUUACUCCUUUAUAAUGUGCCAAAAUAAAACCCCAAAGCA